CGUUGAAAAAAAGCUCAUGUGUUGUGAAUGGAAAUGUGUUCAGUCUUUUGGGAAUAUCAGCAGAGAGUGUUGCUGGUUUUCAUCUCUGUGAAAUUUUGGUGACUAAAAUGCUUCAUGAAAUCUUUUACUUCUUAAUUGGACUUGGUGUUAUUUUCUACGUAUAUAUGAUAUGGCAUUUUGAUUACUGGAAGAAGAGACAUGUACCUGCACCUCAACCUCGUUUCCUCCUUGGCAAUUUGCCCGGUGCUGUGACGCAAAGGCGUCAUCUAUCUUACGAUGUUGAUGAUAUCUACAGAGAAUACAAAGCUCAACAUGGCUUUGUGGGCAUUAUCAACAUGAGACAACCGAAUAUUGUAAUAAUUCAUCCUGACUUGGUGAAGCAAGUCCUAGUAAGGAAUUUUUCUUCUUUUGCGGACAAUUCAUUUGCCGAUUUUACCGAUAAACAUGCUGAUCCGAUUAUUGGAAGAAAUCCAUUUAUCCUAAAGGGGGACGAAUGGAGAGAAAAACGUGGAGAAAUUACUCCUGCGUUUACAGUAUCACGAAUUCAAACUAUGUAUCCCGUCAUUGAUCAUGUCUGCAAGAGGAUGAUUAAGUACCUCAGACAUGCCAAUCAACAAGGACCAAAUGGAUUUGAAGCAAAAGAAUUGGCUGCGAAAUACAACACUGACGUAGUAUCCAGUUGUAUUUUCGGUCUAGACGGAGGAUCCUUCAACGGAGGCCGAGCUGUAAUUCGGGAAAUGGGCAAAGCGCUCUUUACACCAAAUUGGAGACUUAUUGCCUACAUCGUAGUGGCUCAAAUUUUUCCUUUCCUAAGGAAGAUCUAUAAGAUCGCAUUUGUUCCAAAGCAUGUAGAACUCUUCUUUGUGGAUAUCAUGAAGGACGCUGUUGCAUUCAGACGUCAAACAAACGUUGAGCGUUUUGACUACCUACACUACCUUCUAGAGCUUCAGGAUAAGAAGAAUCUAAAUGAAUUGGAUAUGGUAGCACAUGCCAUAACCUUCUUCCUCAAUGGCUUUGAAACCUCUAGCAUUGCCAUAUCAUACACACUCUAUGAACUUGCCCAAAAUAAGCAAGUUCAAGAUAAGCUUCGAAGGGAGAUAAGAGAAACGACAGAUAAACACAGCGAAUUGAGCUAUGAUGUUCUCUCUAAAAUGCCAUACCUCGACCAAGUCUUCAAUGAGGCUCUAAGAAUACAUCCACCCUUUGCUUUUUUGUGCAAAACCUGUACAGAAUCCACAGAAUUUAGACUAAGAGUUGGAGAGUAUCGUACAGUUGAGAAAGAUAUGCAAGUCAUCGUUCCCAUCUACAGUUUACAUCACGAUCCAGAAUACUACACCGAUCCUAAUAAGUUUAUACCAGAGAGAUUCAAUCCGGAACAUGGAGGUGUUAAGGCUUAUCGGGAUAAGGGUGUACUGAUACCUUUCGGAGAUGGACCAAGGGUUUGCUUAGGAGAAAAAUUUGCAAUGGCUCAAGUAAAAGCAGCAAUUGUAUCACUUGUGAAGACUUUUGAAAUAACUGUUAACCCUAGGACAAGGACUCAUCUAAUAAGUGAUCCUAAGCAAUUUCUAACAUAUCCCAUUGGCGGAAUAUGGUUAGAUUUUAAGACAAUUUCGCAAUGAAUAUUUAUAGUGUUAAGAUUAGAACUUUAUAAAUUAUAAUUAAACAUGUAUUUCUUAAGAACAAGACGUUUAGAUCUACAAUUAAAACCUUUGAAUUAGGAAAAAAAAA